AUGGAUACCCGGUUGAGGUCCCCGUGAAACGGGAAAAUCUGCUGUUGAAUAGGCCCGUCAAGUACAGAUUUUAUACCGGUACCGAGUUCUGGGCGGUGAUAAACGGCAGCAAAAUGAAGAUUCCCGAUGAUCUAAUCAGUGACGUUGUGAAUUUCGUAAACAAACAGAGCAUUAUGAAGUCAUACGACUUUCUGAAGAAACGAAACAUUUGCUGCUGGGGAUUAUUUUUGUUGAUUCCAUUUACAGCAUUGAUAUGUUGUUUGAUCUCGUUGAUUGGUGUUACAUACACUAAUACACGGAAAAGGCCUGAUCGAGAUAUGCACAGUUAUUUCUCUUCAGAGGGUUUUGAGUCCAUUUUGCCAGACGUAUGUCUUCAAGGUGGAGUAGUGAUGCCUUUCUUAUUGCUAACUUUAGUGUUGACUGUUCCGAGAUUCUGCCACCGAGAACAGAGAGACUUAAAGGUCCAAAGAAAACUUUGCGAGAAGUUUUUGAAGAGAUGUAUCGAGAAUGACGUCAUAAUUGUGUUUUCCGGAAGAGAAAACCGUCGUCCAAAACUCCGUGUAGUUAGAUAUGCUUUUGACAAAUGCCGGGACUUCCUUGAAAAUAUUAUUCGUAGUAAAGGCUAUACUGCUACAGAAGAUAGUAUGACACCUAAGGACUAUGCCGAUACAUUGAUUGCACAUCGAGUCGCAGAAAUGUCAGAGAUCAUGUCGAAAAAUUAUGAUGACCUUCCAGAUGCUUCACACAACAGACAUAACGUUAGAAAAGGAAAGAUGUGUCUUUGUCAACAAAUAGAGAUAGAUCUACAGAUUGUCAGGCUCAGACAAAUGAGCUUUUAUACAGAGGCACAUGGAAGAAAAGCUAUGCAAGGAGGUCAUCCCUAUGAAGUAUGA